AUGAAUAGUGACGGUUCCAAACAACCUGUGAUAAAGAUUACGAUCGAGCCACCAGAUACUCCAGAAAAUUUUCACGGAUAUAAUUUUCUCUGCUCUUCUCUGGAUAGCGAUUACCUUACUCAGCCAAUUAACGAGGCUGAGUACGACAGCGAAACUCAGGCUUGUGUGGAUAUUCGGAGUGGAAAGCACAGUACAUUUUAUGACCAUUACAGAAGGAAACCCAAGCUAAAAAAGGGUCUUCAUGUAGGCCCCGAAACCCCCAUGCCUCGGCCGGUUCGUGACGGAGAUAGUCUUGCACCUCCUACAUUACCCGGUCUCCCUACCACAACGGUGCCGCGAAGUGUGCUCCAGGAUCCGGUUGCCAGACGUCUCGCGACCGGCACUCUACCCAGGAAGUAG